AUGAGCGCAUACUCCCUCGCGCCCUUUGUCCUGCGUCGGCCUUGGCUGACCAAGAUGCUCAUGCCCAUGGCCGAUUGGUACGCCAACGCCGCCGGCUACCGCAAGCUUGGCCUGAGAUAUGACGACCUCCUGGAAGAGGAGCGCGAGUCUGUUCAGAUCGCCCUCAAGCGCCUCUCACCAAAGGAGGCCUACGAGCGCGUCUACCGCAUCCGUCGCUCCACGCAGUGCAGCUACCAGCACAAGCUGCUGCCCAGGGACCAAUGGACCAAGCCCGAGGAGGACACCCCCUAUCUGCGCCGGAUUGUCGAAGAGGUCGAGGCAGAGCUCGCUGAAAAGGACGCCCUUGACUCCAUGUACGUCGUCAAGAAGCACUAA